AAUACACAUCGAGAGCAGCGAUAGGCUUACCCGACACCUCUUAAAAUACUGUACGUUCGUAGCCUUACUUCAAUCCAACCAACCAACGGACCCGUCUCUCAAGGGCUACUACACGUUCUAGCACUCCAACUAUCUCAAACUGGCUGAGGCAUCAUCUACCAUCGCCCUUUGCUCAAUGUUUCCUAAUGCAAGAAACGCACACAGUCGGCCAGGUCGAGGCACUCAACGGAUACGUUCUGUGAAUAGGACAUUGGUAGCCUGCGUAAAUUGCAAGGAGAAGAAGCUAAAGUGCGACAACAAGGUCUCAGGAUGUGAGAACUGUCGGCGUUCUAGUUUGACGUGUCUUGUGGAAGACCCAACCACGAAGAGACAUCGACCGCGAGACUACCUUGAAACAUUAGAACAACGUGUGGCGUUCCUCGAGGGCGUGUUGAAACAGUAUCGACCAGAUCUAGCCAACGAUCAUCUCUUUCAAAAUGAUGCUCUUCAGCCAGAAUUACAGCCUAACUCUUCUACGAGCACAAGGCCUAUUGAAGAUCAGUCCCGCGGCCCGUCAGCAUUACCCACAACUGAGGAAGACGAUGAACCUGCCGGGCUUGACGAGUUGGCCUCGAAAGUUGGUCUAUUGAGUCUGAAUGCGGCUGGAGCAGAACCUCAUUACUUAGGUUCAUCUUCAACCUUUGCUUUCUCACGACUGAUCAACUCGUCACUUCGCCAAGUGGUAUUAACAAAUUCCAACGAUGCAAGCGCAUUUGGCCGAAAUGAAAGCGAUUUGCCCAUCAUACCAACACCAUGCCUACUACCUGACCACGAUGUUGCCGUCAAGCUUAGUGAUGCUUAUUUUCAAAACAUUCACACCCAGUACCCUUUUUUACAUGAACCAACAUUCAGAACAUGGGAGGCGACAAUAGCGAGCGGGGCAGAUGAGUUUGAGACCUUUAUGUCUAACCCAGCACCUAUGUUCUUCUUAAAUAUGGUGUAUGCCGUUGGAGCUUUGCUCUUACCAAGUUACGGAUACUCAGCUGAGCGGUUAUACAUCUCGGCGCAAAUGUACAUUGAUCACAUAUUAUCGCGUGAUAGCCUGGAAGCAAUACAGGCCAUAUUGUGUUGCGCGGUGUAUUCUCUUCGAUCUUCGAUCGGUACAUCACAUUGGAAAUUGGCUGGAUUAGCCCUACGACAGUGCAUUGAUCUCGGCUAUCACCGCAACUCCAAACACUUCAACUCGAGAACGGAUCCCCUCCGGCUGGAACUGCGCAAGAGAGUAUUCUGGUGUGCCUACGUAAUGGAGACCCAGGCUGCUGUUAUGCUGGGCCGACCUCAUGGCAUCCCCUACCAGGAGGUUGACGCCGAGUACCCAAUAGAUAUUGAUGAUUCAUGUAUUACAGACGCUGGAAUUCAUGGUACACCACGGAAUUCCCGCACUGAUCCCUCGACGAGUAUGACGCGAGCAAUUCACACAUUCCGGAUUCGGCGACUGUUAAGUCGCAUCCACAGCUCUCUCUACUCAAAGAAUGCGUGUUGUUGUUCGGCGAAGCAAGCCAAUCACAAUCAUGUCCAGCAACUUCGUGUCGAGGUUGAGAGUUGGCGCGCUGGAAUCCCCCCAUCUCCACCUUGUACGGGCAAAGAACUGUCACUUUUUGAAACCUCAGACUGGUUUGAUAUGGAGUAUAACUACACCAUCCUACAGCUUUACCGAGCUCAAAUUAUAGAUCGCCAAGCUGGAGCCGCAGAUAGCGUUUUUCUCGACUGUCUGAAGGCCGCAGAGAGUAUCUGCCACAGCUAUCGUCGCCAAUUUCUUGGAAAGCCAACAAGCUAUACGUGGUCGGCGCUUCACGAGCUAUUCCUGGCAGGACUGACAUAUCUCCACUGCCUCUGGACAUCGCCCGCAACACGCGCUGCCCAUCGUCAGGGCCAAGUGAGCAGCACUUGCACCGACUGCACAAUUGUUUUGGUGUUGAUAGCAGAGCGAUGGGAAGCUGCAGCACCGUACCGUAACAUUUUUGAAACACUUGCCAAUCGGACCAUAACGAUGAUGGAUGAUAGGAGUGAUGGGAAACAGACUCUUCCGAAUGCUUCAACGGGAACUGAUAAUUCCAGUGAAGGAGAUUUAACGGAGUGGAUGACGAGUGUGGUUGAUGUAGGCAUGUCUAAUGGGUUGGAUGAGCUAUUGGCAGGCCUGGUUAGCGACUUUCCACCUUACGGGUAGUAUUCUUAAUACUGAAUGUUUCGAUAA